AUGCAGCUCCCAACUGCAGAUUUGCCAAAGACACGCGGCAAGCGGCCGGAUCAUGGCAUCUGGCCAGUGGGCUCGCCAGGGCCACUGUGGCAGCCGCAGACUGCAGAGCAGCGAGCUUGGCGGGCAAUGACCGGCUCUGCGGUCCGCGCUGCGGCAUCUGUGCAGCUGACCAGAAAAGGUGCUGCAAAGGGUCAGGUGCUGGAGACCCCUGGCAUUGAGGCUUGGGACAGCGUCUCGCAAGCCCCCAGCAUCCCGGGCACUCCCUAUACGAGGUCUGCCGCUCCCACGGAGGCACCGAGCGCCGAAAGCUGCGACUCCAGCAAGGCAAGGGAGCAUCGGCAGCUCAACCGCAUAAUCCGCGAGCGUUUCACGAGGAACCGAGAAGGGUGGCACGACUGGCACGUCGGGCGUGUGCUGGGCUGA